AUGCUACGCCUCGUGCCAUCAGUGUGCCCUCUCUGCGAAUUGCGGUCUCUAGCAACGGCGCUCAGUCCAUCAUGGCAGUCUUCAAGGAAUGCAGCGACCCUGCAGAAACGAAAGCCAUCGCGAAUGGUCUUGUCAGAAAGGGUGGCUCGAGGCAGUCCAUCGAAGACUGCUGGAGGCCGACCAGCAGCUCCAAGAUCAUCGCGAAAUAGUCCAUUUGGCGGCAUGAACACUACCGAGGCCCCAAGAGCUUUGCAGUUCCAGAAGAACCAAAUAUCGGCCGCCGAGCGGAAACGACAGACCAGAUUAGUACCGGGCGCGAAGAACAAGCGGGAAGAAAAGCCUAGAGAUCCUAUGCGAGCGCUCAAAAUGCAGCGUCGGCUAUCGAGCAUAUCAUACGAACAGCGGAGCCGGAUCAAGCAGGAGAUCAUGGAGCGCGAGAGCUUCGACGACUUUGAUCUACUGCCCGUGGUGAAAGAGGCAGUAACGAACCAAGUCCUCGCGGGUUUUACAGAGGUAGCGCCAUCGCCAAUUCAGCGUCUCGCAAUACCAGCGCUCCUUAAUAUGGAAGAUCGAAAGAGACGGAGGAGGAGGAGAUUCGAGGCGGAGGCCAAGCAGCGCAUGCAGCAGUUUUUACUAGCAGCAGAAACUGGCUCCGGCAAGACGUUGGCAUAUUUGUUGCCCAUCAUUGAUGCGCUGAAGAGGGCCGAAUAUAAAGAUAAGAAGAGAAAAGAGCAAGAGGAGGCGGAGAAGAUGAAGCGAAGAGAGCAGCAGGGGAGAAUGCUCGAGUUGGAUGCACCUGAGCUCCCAGUCGAUGCUGGCCGACCCAAAGCCAUCAUCCUUUUGCCUACUGCAGAGCUCGUGAACCAAGUUGGAGCUGUGGCAAAGAGUCUAUCACACACCAUCAAGUUUCGAUCUGCCAUGAUCAGUGCUGCUUUCACUGGCACUGUGAUUCGCAAUCGAGUAUUUGCACCCGGCGGCGUUGACAUUGUCAUUUCGACUCCUCAUCUGCUCAACAGCAUUACCGAGAGCGAUCCUCAUAUUCUAUCACGCGUCACCCAUCUAGUCUGCGAUGAAGCAGACAGUCUACUCGACCGCUCCUUCAGCCCCAUCACAUCAGGUCUCCUCGACCGAGCGGCACCCUCUCUCGAGCAGUUGGUCUUCUGCUCCGCCACAAUUCCUCGCAGCGUCGACUCCUACCUAAAGAAACGCUACCCAGAAACGAAACGUCUCGUCACACCAAACCUUCACGCCAUCCCGCGCCGCGUCCAACUCAGCGUUAUCGACAUCGAAAAAGUCCCCUACCAAGGAAACCGAGAUCUCGCCUGCGCUCAAACGAUCUGGGACAUCGGGAAAGAAGCCGCAGAAGCAGGCGAAGAUGGCCACGAAAAGAAAAUCGUCGUAUUCGUGAACGAACGCGAGAAAGCAACCGAGCUGGCAAACUUUCUCAAAGCGAAAGGCAUCGAUGCCGUAGCUCUAUCCCGGGACAGCGACGAUCGCAAACAAGCCGAUACUCUCGCAGCUUUCACCGGCUCUCCAGUCGUCCCUGCAAACAAAUCCCAAACCAAACCAGAACCCCAAGACGACCUAGCAUUCUCAUCCACUCCCAAAAAGUUGUCCAACACACGCGUGCUCGUAACAACGGACAUCGGAUCGCGAGGAAUCGACACCUUGCUCGUCAAACACGUGAUUCUCUAUGACGUGCCACACACAAGCAUAGAUUUCAUCCAUCGACUGGGUCGUGUAGGACGGAUGGGAAGACGAGGUAGGGGAAUUGUGCUCGUGGGCAAACAGGAUAGGAAAGACAUUGUGAAGGAGGUGAGGGAGGGGAUGUUUAGAGGUCAAGCUCUGAUAUAA